CUCAGUAGUAGUGAGUUGGGUUGAAUGUUUACAUCCUGCGAGUCAUAAUUUGUGAUAAUUUGCAUAUCAUUCUGUCACAAUAGUCUUCUAUAUUUAGAAUAGAAAUAUAAUUUUUUUUUAAAAAACAUUCUUCUCUGCAACUUUGAAAAAGUUUUCAAUAAAAAUAAAGUGUAGAAUUUGUGUAGUUUCUGAAAAAUUUCACAAAAACAACAAGAAAAUCCUUCAAAAUGAAAAUAACAGUAACAACGUUGAGCGAUGUUAUUUUUAUUUUAGAUGUAAGUGAAGAUUUGGAGCUCGAAAAUUUUAAAGCAUUUUGUGAAAUUGAAAGUGGCCUUCCAGCACAUGAAAUAGUUAUUAUGUUUAAUGGUCGACCCAUGAUGGACGAUAAAAAAUCACUGAGACAACUUGGUAUAAAUGACGGGGAUGUUGUGAUACUUCAACACAUGCAUCAGAGCAGAGCUGAUUUGAGUAGUUUACAUCCUUUCAAUGCAUCAAUUCCUGUAUUAGACUUUAGUUCUAUAAGAAUACCAGGAGCAUCAACUAGUCGAGUUGCACCUAGUGUAAACAAUAUUUCUGCUCAAAGAGUUCAAAAUCCUCGCAGUGAAGAUGACCCUGCAAUGAUUCGAGAUAUGGUUUUAGCUAAUCCUGAUCAACUGGCAUUAUUAAAACAAAAUAAUCCCAGAUUAGCUGAUGCUUUAUUAUCAGGAAAUCUUGAAAGAUUUGCCACGGUAUUGAAAGAACAAAUAAAACUUCGAGAAGAAAGACAAGCACAAAGACAGAGAAUGAUGAGUGCUGAUCCAUUGGACACUGAAACACAACGAUUGAUUGCAGAUGAAAUACGGCAGAAGAAUAUAGAGGCCAAUAUGGAAGCUGCUAUGGAAUACAAUCCAGAAACAUUUGGCACUGUUGUCAUGUUAUACAUCAAUUGUAAAGUUAAUGGAUUUCCUGUCAAAGCAUUUAUCGAUUCAGGAGCACAAACUACAAUUAUGUCUGCGGCUUGUGCUGAAAGGUGUCAUAUAAUGCGACUGGUUGACACAAGAUGGGCGGGCAUCGCAAAGGGUGUUGGUGUUCAACGAAUUAUUGGAAGAAUACACAUGGUACAGAUACAGAUAGGUAAUGAUCAUCUGACAACAUCGUUUAGUGUGUUAGAAGAGCAACCGAUGGACAUGUUGCUUGGAUUAGACAUGCUAAAAAGACAUCAAUGUUGUAUUGAUCUGAAAAAAAAUGUUUUAACAAUUGGAACUACUGGAGCCGAGACAUCUUUUCUUACUGAAGGAGAAUUACCAGAAUGCGCAAGAUUAAGUGGUAAUAAUGAUGAUGCUUUGGAUGACAGGGAUCUUCAAAAAGCUCUUGAAGAUAGUUCCAGAGAAGCAGAUAAGCAAAAUCAGCUGAGCGGGCAAAGUAGAGCUAAUUCAUCUGCUUCUAGUUUAUCAAGCUCAGAUAAUAUUGUACUUCCACACGAUCCAUUCACGGAAGCAACCGUCAUUGAAAUUGUGUCUCUAGGUUUUACUAGAGCUCAGGUAUUAGCAGAACUGCGUAGAUUAAAUGGAGAUAAAGCUCAAGCUACAGCAGCUCUGUUUGCAAAAUCAUUAAAAUUUUAAAUUACAAUAUUAUUUUACCAGGAGCUUAUGUUACCUAUCGGUUUUUGGCGCAUUAUUAAUUAUUUUCUUGUUAUAAUAUUAUAUUUAAUUUUAUUUCAUUAUUUCAAGUCUAACUACCAAUUUUUUCGAGACUUUAUUUACAAAUUUGUAUUUAAAGAGUAAUAAUUUUUUUUGCAGUAAAAAUAAUCCUUGAAAUUAAAUAUUUAAGUUUAAGAUUAAAGCAUUUAUAAGACUUUAUAAAGUAAUACAUGAAUUGAUUGUAUUAUGAUCAAUGAAAGACUUAAAAUUACAACUAAAUAUUUCUGUGCAAAUUUAGAAAUUAUGUGUGAAAAUUUACAAAAAUAACUUAGUUGUCUUAAUCUAAUGGCUUUUUAUAAAACUAAUUAAUAAAUAAUCGAACAAUAGUGAACGUGUCCUAACGAGAUAUUGAGGAUUUUUUAGAAAAAUGCACAUAUUUUAUUACAAAUAUCAUCUAUUUUUGCUAUUCUUCAUUCAAGGUUAUAAUAGAAUUCUAUAUCAUAAACCUAAAUUAUCCACAUUGAUCCUUCGAAAUUAAUUAAACUUGUUUUAUAAUACAAAUGAUUAUCGAAGCUGUGACACGAUUUUCUUCUUAUAAUUCAUGGAUAUUUGAAUUGAAAAUUUCUACAACUAUUAUGAAUACAAGUGAUAAAUACUUUCCUUGUUGUGUAUCAGUUUUCCCACAAUAAACAAAAAUAAAAAAAAAAUAACCUGCUGCAAA